AUGACCGCGCUCUACCACUUUCUGUUCGUACCCUUGACCAUUGGGUUGUCCAUUCUGCUCGCGACUAUGGAAACGGUCUAUGUGAUGACCGGCCGCGAGAUCUGGAAACGCAUGGUCAAGUUCUGGGGCACGCUCUUCGGAAUCAAUUUUGUUCUCGGCGUCGCAACCGGGCUGACAAUGGAAUUUCAGUUCGGAAUGAACUGGGCUUAUUUCAGCCAGUAUGUCGGGGAUGUUUUCGGAGCUCCGCUCGCGAUUGAAGGGCUGAUGGCCUUCUUUAUGGAAGCAACCUUUGUCGGCCUUUUCUUCUUCGGUUGGGACAAGCUUUCCAGGCGGCAGCACCUUGCAGCGACCUGGGCCGUGGCAAUUGGAACGAAUUUUUCAGCGCUCUGGAUCCUGAUCGCAAACGGCUGGAUGCAAAACCCGAUCGGUGCCGAAUUCAAUCCCGACACCAUGCGCAUGGAAGUCAGCAGCUUCUUUGACGUGCUUUUCAACCCGGUUGCCCAGGCCAAGUUCGUUCACACGGUAUCGGCAGGUUACGUGACGGCUGCCCUUUUCAUGCUGGGUAUUUCCGCCUGGUACAUGCUGCAGGGCAGGCAUCUGCAGAUCGCCAAGCGCUCCAUGACAAUUGCCUCGGCAUUCGGUUUUGCUUCAGCGCUUUCAGUCGUCGUCCUCGGUGAUGAAAGCGGCUAUGAGGCCAAUCUGAACCAGAAGAUGAAGCUCGCGACAAUAGAGGCCAUGUGGCAUACCGAGCCGGCUCCUGCAGCCUUCAACGUUGUUGCAUGGCCCGAUAUGGAAAAUCGCGAGAAUAUUUUCGCGAUCGAGGUGCCGUAUGUCAUGGGACUUAUUGCAACACGGUCGCUCGAUACGAUCAUUCCCGGUAUCCACGAGCUGGUUGACCGGUCCAAGGACCGGAUCCGCCAGGGCGCGGUCGCCUGGGACGCGCUGCAGAAAAUCAGAGAAAAUCCCGACACAGUGUCUGAAGAGGUCCGUGAGACGUUUCGAUACAACGCCAAUUCACUCGGGUAUGCCUAUCUGCUUCUUCCCUAUACCGACAACCCGAUGGAAGCGACCACCGAGCAGAUUGACGAGGCUGCAUGGUCGACCGUUCCGAACGUCUUUCCGAUGUUCUAUGCCUUUCGCAUCAUGGUCGCUUGCGGCUUCUUCUUCAUCCUGUUGACAUCGGUCUUCUUCUACUACUCUUCGGCCGGAAAACUCGAUGUCCUGAGGGAAAAGCGGCGCUGGCUCCUGCAUGUUGCCGUCUGGUCGAUACCGCUUCCCUGGGUUGCUUGCGAGAUGGGCUGGUUUGUUGCCGAAUACGGUCGCCAGCCGUGGAUCAUCGAAAGCAUGUUGCCGACGUCGGCGGCAGUUUCAAGCCUGUCCGUGUUGGAAGUUCUCCUCACGCUGGCCGGGUUUGUUCUCUUGUACAGCGCGCUUCUGGUGAUCGAGGUCACGUUGAUGUUCAAGUACAUAAGGAUCGGUCCUGACGAUGGUGAAGAGCCAGAAGUGCCGCCGGCAUCUGUACGCCCCGUAUCCGGCACAGUCCCAGUUCCUGCGGAGUAA